AUGGCCAAUGUACUAAAAAACCUAAGAAUUUUCGUAGACUUGGCAACAACCCUUACUUCACCACUUUCCAAAGCACCGUUCUUAGAAACCCAAUCUUCAUUAUUCCAUGGCAUCCAAAUCCCAUCAAGAAUCAAACCCAUCAGAUCAACUUCUCAAAACAGCAAAACUUCAUCUUCAUCAUCAUCAAUCUGUAUGUCAUCAGCAGCAAAAACACCACCAUAUGAUCUUACAUCAUUCAAGUUCGAACCAAUCAAAGAAUCAAUCGUUUCUCGUGAAAUGACCCGUCGUUACAUGACAGACAUGAUUACUUACGCCGAUACAGAUGUUGUCGUUGUUGGUGCCGGUUCAGCCGGUUUAUCAUGUGCUUAUGAAAUCAGUAAGAAUCCAAAUGUUAACGUUGCAAUUAUUGAACAGUCAGUGUCUCCAGGUGGUGGUGCUUGGUUAGGCGGACAGCUUUUCUCAGCCAUGGUUGUUCGUAAACCGGCUCACAAACUCUUGGACGAACUCGAAAUCGAAUACGAUGAACAAGACACUUAUGUUGUCAUCAAACACGCUGCAUUGUUCACUUCCACCAUCAUGUCAAAGCUGUUGGCGAGACCAAACGUGAAGCUGUUCAAUGCUGUUGCAGCAGAGGAUUUGAUCGUUAAAGAUGAUAAAGUUGCAGGAGUUGUUACAAACUGGGCAUUAGUCGCGAUGAACCAUGAUACGCAGUCUUGUAUGGAUCCUAAUGUGAUGGAAGCUAAGGUUGUUAUUUUGUGCGGUCAUGAUGGUCCAUUUGGUGCUACCGGUGUUAAAAGGUUGAAGAGUAUCGGUUUGAUUGAAUCUGUUCCUGGAAUGAAAGCUCUCGACAUGAACACUGCUGAAGAUGCCAUUGUUAAGCUCACCAGAGAAAUUGUUCCUGGUAUGAUUGUUACUGGUAUGGAAGUUGCUGAAAUUGAUGGUGCCCCAAGAAUGGGACCAACAUUUGGAGCUAUGAUGAUAUCAGGGCAGAAGGCAGCACAUUUGGCAUUGAAGGCAUUGGGACAACCUAAUGUGAUUGAUGGAAACUAUGCUGAUAUGGGAGGUAUUGCACCAGAACUUAUCCUUGCUGCUGCUGAAUCAGCUGAGACUGCUGAAGCUUAA